AUGCCAAGCCGUCAGAAAAAGGUCCUUUUUUGCACGGCCGGGGUGCUAAGCUUUGCGUGCGCCCUGGGAGUCGUGACAGCCUUGGGGACACCGUUGUGGAUCAAAGCCACCUUCCUUUGCAAAACGGGGGCUCUGCUCGUCAACGCCUCGGGGCAGGAACUGGACAAGUUCACGGGCGAGAUGCACUACGGGCUCUUCCACGGAGAGGGCGUGAGGCAGUGCGGCUUGGGAGACAGGCCUUUUCGGUUUACUUUUUUCCCGGAUUUGCUCAAAGCGAUCCCAGUGAGCAUCCACGCCAAUGUCAUUCUCUUCUCUACGAUUCUUACCCUUCUCACCAUGGUGGGGACAGCCUUCUUCAUGUACAAUGCUUUUGGCAAGCCCUUUGAAACUCUGCACGGUCCACUAGGACUAUAUCUCUUGAGUUUCAUUUCCGGCUCCUGCGGCUGUCUCGUCAUGAUAUUGUUUGCCUCUGAAGUGAAAAUCCACCACCUUUCAGACAGAAUCGCAAAUUACAACGAGGGGACCUACGCCUACAAAACGCAGAGCGAGAGAUACACCACCUCGUUCUGGGUCGUUUUCAUUUGCUUCUUCGCUCAUUUUCUGAACGGACUCUUAAUCCGACUGGCUGGGUUUCGGUUCCCUUUUGCUAAAUCUAAAGACACGGAGCCGGCCGGUGCGUCUGCAGACCUCAUGUACUGA